AUGCCUACAGAACCCAUUGUCUUUCAGCGGCUGUCCGACACGACAGCAAUAUACGAGCCUUCGCCUGACGCGGCUACGCCAGCCAACGCAGGUCCCACGACCAUCCUCAUCUGUGGGUGGAUGGGCGGCACCGCCCGAAAUCUGAGCAGAUACACCACAAAAUACAACACUCUAUACCCAGAUGCUCGCAUUGUACUGAUCUCCAGCACGCCCACAGACACUCCUGGCUUCAGGAUACUCCUUUCGUCCAAGAAACGAAAGCAACGAGCAGACGCUCCAGCAAAGGCACUUCUCCUCGACGCUCAGGCAGAAGUAUCAAGCCUGCUGAUCCACGCCUUCUCAAACGGAGGUGGCAUGAGCUUGGGAGUCAUCAGUAAAGCCUACCGCCAGCUCUCAGGGACGGCCCUCCCUGCUCGUCUGGUCGUGUUUGACUCUGUACCGGGCGGGGAUAAAUUCACCAAGGAAUUCGGCAGAUGGGUCAGUGCCUUUGCAGUCGGGCUCCCUUCGAACAUCUUGAUACGCUGGCCUGCACUAGUUUUGCUUGGACUCGUGGUGGCUGUCCAACUUGGCCUGCCUUCGCUUUUUGGCACGGCGAAUGCGGCGACCAAGGCGAGGGCGGAUUUGAACGACGAGAAGCUCAUCAACCCACAGUCGAAGCGACUGUACCUCUACUCCGAAGCCGACGCUUUGAUCGGGGCGAAUGAAGUCAGGGAGCAUGCUGCUGAGAGCGCUUCAAAGGGCUGGUCUGUCGAGACUAUCAACUUCCAGACCAGCGGUCACAUCAGGCACGCGAUCGAGGACCCAGAGAGGUACUGGAAGGCCAUCACGGAGUUGUGGAACUCAUCUGUUCAACCCAAGAAGGCUGUGUGA